AUCCUGGUGUUACAAUUAAAGAAAAAAAAAAAAAAAACUGGUGGGCCUCCUAUGACCUGCUACACCGCUUCCUUUCUCUUAUUUUCACUUCAUUGUUCAAACUUCAAAGCAAGCUGCAAGAUUUUUCUUAGGAAUAACACCAUUGCUAGUUUGUUACAUAGAGAAAGCUGCCUAAACCCCAUGAAAAUUGGAUCCACAAAAACUGGUUUUUACAGUUAUCCUGUUUCUUUGUCUUAGAUUUCAAAAAAUAAAAAAUACGAUCUUGCUGUGAGUUUUGCAAUUGGGUUGAAGAUAUAUUGAUGAAUUUGAAAGUGGGAACUUCAGUGGGGUUUUGUUGUUCUUGCUGUAAUUGACUUAUCCAGGUUAGUUUUGGUGUAUAUUUCUGCAGAUAUUCAGAUUUUGAUUUCCAUUUUUAGCUCGUUUUUCUGGGUUUUUAUCAAUUAAAGAUUGAAGAAAUAGCAAAGGGUUUUUACUGAAACAGUGGGAUUGUCAAAUGAAACAGCAGAGAUUUCAUUGAAUAUAAAGAUGGGUAUUGGCCUAUUGCUGAUUUUCUACCAAAUUUAAUUGUUUAUGGUUGAAGGGUUUGCAUUAUCAAUUCCAGGCCCAGCCAGUUGUUAGAAAUGAGAUUUUUGUCUAGGUUUUUUAUGAAGGAUUUGUAAUUGUUAUAUGGAUUGAGAAGAAGUGUGUUGUUAUUGAUGCAAUGAUGAGACUGAUAGCCAUUGGAUUGUUGGUUUGCACUCUCAUAUUAUCUUCAUCUACCAUUGGUUGUGGAUAUUCCCAUUGUAAUUGUGAGGAUGAAGGGUUUUGGAGCAUUAAUAUCAUUAUGGAAUGCCAAAAAGUGAGUGAUUUCUUAAUUGCCAUUGCUUAUUUUUCGAUACCCAUCGAGCUCGUGUAUUUUAUUAGCUGUGCAAAUAUUCCCUUCAAAUGGGUCCUUGUCGAAUUCAUUGCUUUCAUUGUUCUGUGUGGAAUGACCCACUUGCUCAAUGGAUGGACUUACUAUGGUCCUCACUCAUUUCAACUCAUGAUGUCACUUACAAUAUUUAAAUUCCUAACAGCUUUGGUGUCAUGUGCCACGGCUAUAACCCUUUUAACUUUGAUCCCUCUUUUACUUAAACUGAAAGUUAGAGAGGUGUUUUUGACGCAAAAUGUCUUGGAAUUGGACCAAGAGGUUGGGAUGAUGAAGAAAAAGAAGGAAGCUAGUUGGCAUGUUCGAAUGCUCACUCGAGAAAUAAGAAAAUCACUCGAUAAGCUUACUAUAUUGGAUACUACUUUGGUUGAACUUUCCAAUAUAUUAGACUUGCAGAAUUGUGCUGUUUGGAUGCCAAAUAAUAUUAAGACUGCAAUGAACUUGACCCAUGAGCUGAAGCCUAGCCCCUCAAAUAUCUUUCCCCGAAAUAUCCCAAUGGAUGAUCAUGAUGUUCAGGAGAUUCGUGAUAGUGAGGGAGUGAGGAUUUUAAGACCGGAAUCAGCACUGGGAGUGGCAAGCAGGGGUGGUUCGGAAGAUUCUGGUACUGUAGCAGCCAUUCGGAUGCCUUUGCUGAAUGUUUCAAAUUUUAAAGGUGGGACUCCUGAAUUAGUACAGACAUCUUAUGCCAUACUAGUUUUGGUUCUUCCAAGCUCAACUGAUAGGGUUUGGAGCCAUCAUGAACUAGAGAUGGUGGAAGUGGUUGCUGAUCAAGUGGCUGUGGCCCUUUCUCAUGCUAAUGUUCUUGAAGAGUCUCAGUUGAUGAGAGAUCAGCUGAAGGAGCGGAAUCGUGUUCUGCAGCAGGCUAGGAAGGACGCGAUCAUGGCAAACCAAGCAAGAGAUUCAUUCCAGAAGGUUAUGAGCCAUGGAAUGAGGAGGCCAAUGCACUCGAUUCUCGGUCUUCUUUCAAUGUUUGAAGAGAAUAUGAAUUUUGAGCAGAAAAUUAUGGUUGACACCAUGGUGAGAACUGGUAAUGUCAUCUCAACUUUAUUAAAUGAUGUGACAGAAAUAUCUGCAAAAGACAAUGGAAGGUUCCCUUUGGAGAUGAGGCUGUUCCACUUGCAUUCCAUGAUUAAGGAGACUUCUUGCUUGGCCAAGUGUUUAUUUGUGUAUCAAGGGUUCAGUUUUUCUCCUGAUGUUCAGAGUAGUUUGCCUGCUCAGGUGAUUGGUGAUGAGAGGAGAACUUUUCAGGUUUUACUACACAUGGUAGGGCACUUACUGCAUUUUUCAAACAAAGGGGGUUUGAUGAUUUUUCGUGUGUCUGCCGAAAAUGGCAGUGUGGGAAAGAAUGAUAAGUGGGGGAUGUGGAGGUCGGCUACUGUCGAGGAGUACAUUAAAGUAAAGUUUGAGUUUGACAUAAGUGGAGGUUAUCUGACAGACACUAUUAGGAGAACCCAGAAUGAUUCAAACAAGGAAGUAUUGAGCUUCAGCAUGUGCAAAAGGCUUGCUCAGAUGAUGCAGGGUGAUAUAUGGAUAUCUCUAAACUCAAAUGGGAUACCACAGAACAUGACUCUUGUUCUACGAUUUCAACAACAAAGAUAUAUUCCUGAAGGAAACUUAUAUAUGACAGAGCACACAGUUUCUUCAAACUCUCGGUUCAGAGGGUUGAAAGUGUUGAUUGCUGAUGAUGAUAAUGUAAAUCGGACAGUGACAAAGAGACUGCUAGAGAAGUUAGGGUGUGAAGUAUCUGCUAGUUGUUCUGGUUAUGAGUGCUUAACUGCAUUGGCUCCCUCACAAAACACUUAUAGGGUUGUGCUACUUGACCUUCAGAUGCCUGAAAUGGAUGGCUUUGAAGUCGCAAGGAGAAUCCGGAAAUUAUAUAGCCGGAGUGGUCCGUCUAUUAUAGCAAUAACAGCAAGUGCAGAGGAUAAUAUAUGGGAGAGAUGUUUACAAAUUGGGAUGAAUGGUCUAAUAAGGAAACCUGUGGUCCUGCAGGGAAUAAUCGACGAGCUCCGAAGGGUCCUCAGAUGAUCAAAUUAUAGGAGGAUUAGGUUUUUUUUACCCCUAAUUGGGGAUUAGGAAUGUCCAUUAUUUUGUUUGCUAACUGCAGUUCUUGUUGAAGACACUGUUGGAAACUCUAGUGUAAAAUAACUCUUGUGCCAUUUCAUUAACAUUAUUGUCUACUAUGAACUAUACAUGAUUAUACAUAGCAAUAAAAUACAACAUUCUUAUUGACAUUUA